CUAUCGAAUGGUGUAUGAAGUGUCGAAAAAUAAAUUUCACUGCAAGGCUGCCCUGGGUGCAUCUUACAGUAGAGUAAAAAUAUAGUACUGUAUUCUACCUUAUUAUCAAAUUAGUUUUAAUGUGAUCCACCAUCUCGUGUGUACGUGCGUGUGUACAUACAGAUGGUGAAUUCAGUAUCGUAAUUAUACUUGAUAUAUUUUAAGUUUUUUUAAAACUUUGAUUAAUGAUGAACAAUUGAAAAUAUCGUGUUUUUUCAAACAACAUCUGAUUCACUUAUUUAAAUGAUAUUUGAUAAUAUCUAACAUAAUAGCAGAUAUUUUGAGUUGUGAAUAAUGAAUUAAUCCAGAUAGUUUCUGGACGAAUGUAAGAAAAUCUGCGCUAUUGUUGCUCAUGUUGAAUAUUAUCUGUAAAUCUUCGUUCUAUCUAUCUCUUUAAUCACCUUAUAAUUAAUAAACUUCAUCUUCUUUUACUAUGUUCACACUAUUUACUUUUUAUUCUUUAUCUCCUGCAUAAAAUAAAUUAAAAAGCUUCUUAAAUAAUGGAUAGAAUAAAAAUAUGCUCUGCUAAUAGUAGAAAUUAAGUUUUAAAAUGAUAAAAAUAUCUCGUCUGUGACAGGACAGUUAUUAUUUAUGUUUAUUUUUGAUACUUAUUAAGGUCGUGACAAGUACUGAUGAUGAUUCGGAUGAUGAUGCUGAUGAUACAUCAUCGACAAGAACGAUUCAGAAAAAAAAGAAACAACGAAAGAACUACCACAAUGAAAUAUUACGUUCGGGUGAGGUUGCUGUUGAAAAAGUAUCAACAAUUGGAAAUUAUUUAAUGAAAAAGAGAAAUUGGCCGAUGAGAGGAUGGCAUAAACGUUAUUUUCUAUUAGAGAAUGGUUAUCUCAUGUAUGGCAAAUCAGAACAAGAGAUUAAACGUGGUCGUUACAAUGGUCGAUGUGAUAUUGGUUUGUGUAUUAUCACAUUUAUUCGAGAAUUACAACGGAUUAGUGUUGAUGAAACAAAUUUUGUUUAUCAUGUGAAAAUUAAAGACAAGAAACAGUUCGAUCAAUGGUUAGAACAAAUUGCUCAACAUCGAAAUUAUAGACAACAUCAAUUAGAAAAAGCACCAAAUUUACAAGAUAUUGAACAACAAGAACAGCAACAAGGAGUAGUAAAUGAUUCAGAUACCGUAACAGAAUCAGAUCGUCUAUUUUAUAAUGAUUUUGCCGAUAUACAAGUUCAGUUAUAUUCAUUAUCAGAUCUCCUAGAGCAAAUGAAACUCAAUACAAAAGAUGUAGGAAAUGUGAGAACUGGUAACAAUAAUGUUUUUCAACAUUCACCCAGUACAGGAAGUGUACAUUCAAAUUCGUCAACAACAAGUUCAUCUGAUACUCAAAGAACAGAAUAUUUUCAAUUAUCGAAAAAAGGUGUGUAUUGUUGUUCUUUUUUAAUGUCUUGACCAUUUCAGAGAAAAUUAUAAUGUGAAUAUAUUUUAUUUUGUUUAUCUUAGUAUUUGAUAAUUUAAAUAAUUUAUACAAGAGACUAUCAUUACUAGCUGUUGAACAAA